GGACUAACCGUCUUCAGCGUGCUUACGUCACUCUGAGAGGCGGGGUUACCGCCUUACAUCCGGAAGUCCAUUGAAGCCAAUGAAAGUUUGUUGUAAACAAAAGUUACCAGGCGGAGUGAUCUAAGCUAAAGUUAUUAACGUGUCCUUAUACUGUUAAAAUCUGUAAAACUCUGUAGUUUGCUCUCUGUUUUUACGACAGUCCAGACCGCGUUGAUGUGACGUUAGUUGCUUAGUUUCAACCUGCAGCUCAGUAACGUCCAUGCAGUCACAGAGGCUGCUAGGCUGCACAGUUUAGCGGGUUGUGUCCACUGAAAAGUGUCUCCAGAGUCACAGGCUGUGGAAAAACCCUGACAGCAUGACUUCCAAUCAAAAGGAAGCUUCUUUGGGAUCCCUGCGAAACCCUGAUCUAAGCUCUGUCCUGUCAUCAUGUGAGCCAGAACUGCAGGAGCUGAUGAGACAGAUUGACAUCAUGAUCAGUAAUCAGAGGAGGGAGUGGGAGGCUGAGAUGCAGGCCAUGGAGCUGAGGCUGAAAAAUGGGGAAGAGGAGCUGUCUUCCUCCAGGAAUCUACUUGAACGGAAGGACUUAGAGAUCCAAUUACUCCACAAGCAGCUGGAAGAAGUCCAGACUGGGCGACCAGAGCUCGUAAACAAGUACGAACAGCAACUGCAUAAAGUUCUGGAAGAGUUGAAUAAGUUAAAGAGAAGUUAUCACAAGCUCCAACAGAAGCGACUCAAGGAGACCAACGGAGGAGCGAAGACUAAAGAGAGUGAUCGUUCAGAGGUGACCCGACUCAGUGAAAAGAUGCAGGAAUAUCACCAGCGCUCUGUGGAGUGGGAGCAGCGGAACAUCCAGCACCAGAAACAGCUCAGAGCUCUGGAGGUCCAAAAUAAGAGUCUGAUUGAUGAGCUCACGCAGUUGAAAUCCCGGUCAGCACUGAUGGAAAUGGAGAGAGGUCACAGGGAGUGCUGCCUACAGGUGCAGCACCUGCGUAGUGAGCUGGAGAAGGCCCAGGACAGUCUGCACUCACAGGAGCUGGAACUGGAACACCUCAGACCCCUGGAGACACAGCUGGGAGUGUACCAGAGGGAGCAGGAGGCUAGAAGAAUGGUUUUUUCAGAGGAGAGGGAGGAACUCCACGCCACGCUGGACUCUCAGGACACAUGUAUGAGAAGAGCCAGCCAGGAGCGCCAAAGACUCUUUAAUGAAACCGCCCGGCUCAAACAAGUGCUGCAAGCUAAAGAUCACGUCAUCUGCUCUCUGGAGGACUGUGUGUCUCAGAGCUGUCCUGGUGUGGAGACGCUCAGGAAAGAUCUGGAGAAGACUGUCACCAAGCUCCACAGUGCACAAGCAUGUGAGGUUCAUCUGAACGCUGAACUGGCCUGUCUCAGAGAGAGACUAGAGAGGACGACCCAGCAGAAAGCAGACCAAUCAAAGAUGGAAGAACUGAGGAGCAUGAAAGCAGAAUAUGACUCUUCUGUUGCUGAACUGAAAAAGCUUAGAGAGGACCUGCACAGGGCAAAGCAGAUGCACAGCAGUGAGGUGGAGGGGAUGAGGAAGGAGGUGUCGAAGCUGACCUCAGAGCUGCAUCAACGUGACGUCACCAUCAACACACUCAACAGCUCAUCGUCCAGCGUCAGGCAGCAGCUUCGUGGAGAGGUGGAGCGGGCAGAGCAGAGGGCGGAUGAGCUCAGGAUGACUCAGACACAGCUGGAGACCUCUCAAUCAGAGAACCAGCACCUGAAGGAGCAGCUGCAGAGACUCGACUCUCAGUCACCAAAGAGGGGGGAUUCCUCGCUUGCGUCCCUGAGGGAGAGCUAUGUGUCCUCUCUGAGCACCCUGGAACAAGAGAAUCGACAGCUCAGGCAGGCGCUGGAUGACAUUCACACCCGACAUGAGGUCUCCAGACAGAAUGAACAAGCUCAGCUCAGCCCUGUCAUGACCAACCGACCACUCCCUGCUCAGGACAGCCAUGAAGAUGUCAGUCAUCAGAAACACAGAGAAGAACACACAACGCAAUCAGAAGCUCAGAUCCAGAAACUCUUUAAGCAGCUGAACACAGUGUCCCAUUCCUCCAGACAGCAUCGCUGCAGCCAGGAUCAAGACAGCAGGCCCCAGUCUUCAGCAUCCUCCUCCUCUUCCUCCUCCAGAUGCUCCAGACUCCACAGGAUGAACUCAGCACCAGGUUCAAAUGAAUCUGCUGCUGAGGGACAAAGCUUCAGCUCUGAAGACUCUGUGUCAUCAGUGUCCAGAGAAAAAAUCCCCCGCAGAUCCACGGAGUCCAUGUCGGUGUCUCCUGCAUACGGCAUGGUGUCUCGUUUCAUGGAGGAUGAGAACUUGCGUUGCGAGGAGCUGAUCCAAAUGUUAGACACCCACAUCCAGGUCAUGACCGAAAACAACGUCAGGACAGUCUCAAAGUACCUGCCAGGUGACUCGGGGCUGGAGGCCGCUCAGACUUCUGCACAGACUGGUUAGGGAUCCAGCACGGUGGAAUAAAGAUGAGAAAAGUGCCUCAGACAGCAGGGACAAAGGCCGAAGUCUUGUUGCUUCAUUGUCCUUUAACUUCAAAGACUCAAUGUCUUUUUUUUAAACAGUAGAAGUGUUAAAGCUCAGCAGGGCAGCACGAUGCAAUAACACAAGUGUUUUAUACAUGCUGCAAAAAGAAAUGAUUCUGAUGCAAGAACUCCUGUGAGCUUUCAACAUGAACAAGUGCUAUCACGACACAGCAAACCACAUCUACUCUGUCCCCACAGUGAAUAUAGUUUUAGCCCCAACAGCAUUUUUUUAUUCUCAAUCCAUGAAAUUAGGUUUUAUUUUUCUGUGUGGAGGCAGAACUUGUUUUCAGAAGAGGAACUUUUGUCGUUCAGUCUAUUUCAAAGAACAGGUGUCGACAUCCAUGACUGAUUCAACUAUUAUUAUUAUGAUGAUGGCCCUUA